UGUGGACAUUGUAAGCGACAUGGUCAUACGAAACGCAAGUGACCUACAUUGAGCAAUCGUGAUCAACUACAUGUGCUUGAGGAGGAGGUGGAGGGCAACGACGAGUCAUCUGAGCAAUCUGAUGCUACCGGCACCACUAAUAAUGGCAAUGCUCGUAUGCUUGGAAAUAAAGGAAAGAAAAAUAAAAAGAAGAGGAAAAACGCAGAAGAUCCUGCUAAAUGUGCAAACACCAAUGAUGUGAGUUCUUAAUUGGAGUUUGAAAUUAUUUUUAGUUACAAUGUUUUGAAAUUGUAUUAAUUAUGUAUAAAUGAAUAUGGCACAGGAUGCUGAUAGAGGGAAUAAUAGUCAUAUCAAUUUACCAGUGACUAAUGCUAAUGAUGAAUUUGCAAAUGGCAUAAUGCUUGCACAAGAUCAUCAUCACCAAGGAGGACAUAUACAAAUGCCCGGUUAUAACAACAUACCAAUGCAUGAUACUAAUUGCAAUGGUUAUAUGACAUCCAAUUGGCAAUUUUAUCCUCAAUAUCCGGCUCAGCCUACUGCAAUGUUUCAUGCACACGCAUAUGGAGGAUUGCAUCAGCGAUAUCCAUACCAUGGAUAUCAUAAUUCGUUUGUGAGUACUCUAAAGGAGGUUGAAAGAAAUGCAAAAGAUGGAAUAAAGAAUGGAAAAGGAGGUUGAAAGAAAUGCAAAUGAUGGAAUAAAGAAUGGAAAAGGAGGUUGAAUCCAUUCUACGCGUGUAAGUGUGUAUAUAUAUGGAGUAUGCUUAGGUGAUAGGAACCGGGUGGCUUCAUAUUGCAGUUCUUUAGAGACUACCCCAACUACUUAAAGUUUUGGUAUGCAAACAACUGCUUAGCUUACUUUUAAGUUGCGUGAAACUUCACAGGAAUUAAUUAAGCAUGAUAACUCAUUACCCGACAUUACAAAUAUAAUUUCCCACCAUAUGUAAUAUCUGGUUGUGCAGUGAUCAUUAGUAGGCUUAAAAAAUUGUAGUAGUAAUGAUUCUCUUCCCCCCUUUGGUGGGAUGUUGAUUCUUGAUAUGCUGACAGAGGACCACUGUUAACAACUGUCUGCUCAUUGCGUUUUUAUACCUCCAAGGUAUCACAAUCCAUUUCCAGUUUUUGCCUACCUAAUUGUAUUUCUUGAAUUCCUUAUGCUAUCCAGUCAGCGUCUCAUCUUACUAUUAUCAAAUCCUUACUAUGCAUGCAUGGGAUUUUGGAUAGUAUUUGAGAUUCAAUUAUUGCGAACAAAGUAUAAGCCAUAAGCAUGACAAGGUAACUCCACCUAUAGCAUAUUCAUCAAGUUUUGUAAAUUCGACAAUUAUUGUCUUGAUGUUUGUUCAGGUUAUAUGUCGUUCAGCUGAUGAGUGUUGUCAUGUGUAUGGGUACCAUCACUUAUUGCUUGUAAUGUUUGGUAACCAUAUAUUUGUUUAUUGUGAAAAUUUUAUGCCCAUUGCAUAACUUGUCUAUCCAAGCUUUGGUAAAUAUGGGAGCAUGCAGUGAUAAAUUUGCAUAGAAUUCUACAGUGCUUUUAUCUUGGCUAUAGUAGUCUUGUAGACCAUUUAUUUAUCUAAUUUUAAGGUUAAAAGUGGUCUACUUAAAACACAUUAUGCGAUAAAAAAUAACCAAAAACCCAUGUAUCAUUAGCAUAGACCAUAGAGUACCUUCUUCCUCUUUACUUCGCUUUCCAGCUCGCUCUUCUCCAUCUUGACUAUUUUUUGUUUCAUUUCAUUCAUUCCACAGGGUAUGUUGCUUCCAUAUCUAGAAGAUUAUGAAGACGGAUGUAGCAUUACUGAGAUCGUUGACAUUUUUAAAUCUGAUGAUUCUACUUCCAAUUAUACCACUGAUGUUCUGACUUCUAUGAGAAACUUCUUCGUAUGUUCAUAAAGGCUCGAUCUUGAUGAGUUUAGUGGCCGAGGAAUGGCCGGG